AUGUCGCAAUUCCGAGCCAAAAAGCUCGACCUCGGCGGCUUCGUCAACGCCAAAAUCAUCCGCGACCACACCAAGCGGAAAGUCUUCAUGGAGCACGAGCAUGAGAGACAGGCUCUACGAUACAUCGCACGGAACACAUCUCUACCGCAACGAUUACGGACGGUCGCGCAGCUCGAGCUGGCGCAGAUGCACUGUUAUACGAGGCCGUGUCAGAUCAAUAAUCGGUGUGUUAAUGGGGGUGUGAGCAGAAGUGUUAUGAGAGCUUUCAGGAUGGGACGGUACCAAUUCCGAAUCAAUGCUCUGGCUGGGAAUCUGCCGGGUGUGCAGAAGGCUAGUUGGUAG